AUGCGACUUCUCAAUGUCUCCUCUUUGAGCCUAGAAGAUUUCCCCCCCAACGGAAUCCCUCCUUACGCCAUUCUUUCUCACACCUGGGGAAUUGACGAGGUAACUGCGGCCGACAUCCACCAUCCCAUCGGAGAAUCGAAGCCAUCAUGGGGGAAAAUAUUUAGCACAUGUGAGCAAGCAAAAGCAGACCAUCUCCAAUAUGUCUGGAUUGAUACGUGUUGUAUCGAUAAGUCCAGCAGCGCAGAGCUAUCAGAAACCCUAAACACGAUCUAUGCAUGGUAUGAGAAAGCGGCAAUUUGCUACGCAUAUCUAGUAGAUGUGCCAAAGGCCGAUAAUCCUCGGUUACGUGGGUCAGCAUUUCAGCGCAGUCGAUGGUUCAGUCGAGGUUGGACAUUGCAGGAGUUAAUUGCGCCCCGAGAGGUGGUUUUCUUCUCAAACGACUGGACGGAAAUAGGGCGGAAAUCCGCACUAUGUGAUAUAUUGGAGCAAAUUACUCGCAUCCAGGAAGAUAUCCUCAUUCAUAGAAGGCCACUUUCAUCGAUGAGUUUGGCAAGGCGCAUGGCAUGGGCUGCGUAUCGAGAGACCACUCGCCCUGAAGACAUCGCAUACUGCCUGAUGGGUAUCUUUUCUGUCAACAUGCCCAUGCUGUAUGGGGAAGGGGAGAAGGCAUUCUUGCGUUUGCAGGAGGAAAUUAUCAAAUCUUCCGACGACCAGUCCCUUUUUGCAUGGAUCGACACUGAUGCUUCACCAACCUCCCUGCACGGGCUCUUUGCUACCUCCCCUUCCCAAUUUGCUUUCUGCCACGAUAUUCUCCCCUACCAGGACUGGGAACCUCGGACGCCUUACAUCAUGACCAACCGUGGGCUUCAGAUUGAGCUCCCAAUCAUGUGGCGAGAGGAAGAUACCUAUGUCGCUGCUCUCGAUUGCCCCUGUCCACCAGAUUACAGCGACACGACGUUCUUGGCGAUAUAUCUGAAGAAGUUGUCAAAAGUCAGUGAUCAAUAUGCGCGCGUCAAAGUAGGAACACUGGCGGAAGUGUCGGAGCGUGGCAAACCAAAAACUAUCUACGUUCGUCCAUCGGGGGUAGUUCCGCAUAGUGCAGUAGAGGGCGUUUUCCCCAAGCACUAUGUCCAAUUACGAGGAUUCCGGGCACCACCCGAUUAUGCCUUUAUCAAGACUAUUUCUGCUAAUGACAAGGGAGAAAGCCCCCCGGCUCAUAUCUUAUCAUCGCGUAAUGAUAUCCCGGAUGGUAUUCGAAAGGUUUUCAAAGUGGAAAAACAGGCUUUGGCUCUAUCCUGCUUCGUUGUCAUGGAAGGACCACGCGGAAAAGGUCUUCUCGUCUUGCUAGGGUCCAACGGAGUUUUUGAUAUAGGCUUCGAUGCUAUCGAGGCUGAUAGUCCGCGCGAAAUAACUCACCAUGAUCUUCACACCGUUCGGAAGCACUAUAAACCUAAGGAUCCGGGGACAUGGGUGACCCUGCAAAAUCAUCGUGUCAUAGUCAAUGUUCAGCCUCAAGUCCAAUAUGGGGCCAAGUACUACAUGCUUGAACUGGAAAUAAAGCCUAUCAAAGAAAGUAAUGGCUUCCAAGGUAUUUUAGAGGAGCUGGAGACCAAACUACAAGCAGACCCGACUGUGAUCAUUCCUCAAGCAGCGAUAAAAUGGAUUCUUGGUACUUUGAGGAAGUCAUAA